UAGAAAAAUCAAUAAAAAGUCAUUAGUUGAAUUGAAUAUUAAAUUAGCCGCACCUCCUUCUCCACUUGUGGAGCACAACCUCCUGAUAUUCAUCGCAGUCCAGACUUUACCAUGAAUUCAGCGAGUGCCAGAGUAAACAUCUUCACGUUCCGCGUCAGUCAAAAAGUGUUAUUCCUAAUGGGCCUGGCCCCGUACACCGCAAUCAUCGAAACUCCUCUCUCAAAUGUGUCCGAAAUAGUCAUCAAGUUUUCGUACUCCAGAAGAGGAUGUAUCUACAAUAUUACCCUAGCCACACUGAUAACCAUAACGGUGAUAACAUUAGUCCCAGAAAUCCUCAAAUUCAGUCAUCCAAAUUACGGUCCCCUCGUGAAGAUCAUUGACACUAUUCUGACCGGAUUGGGGAGUAUAGUUGUUGUGAUAACGAUUCUGAUGUGCUGUCAUCAUCAGCAGAAUAUUGUGAACGUUGGCAAUCAGCUGGGGGACUUUCACCAAAAAUUUAAGGUCAAAUUGUCGCAAAAGGUCACAAGUGAACUGAUGACAUGGGACUACUCUAUAAUAGUCUUAAUAUUCUUCGUAUUUUGCGUCGGCCUGGUCACUGCUAAUCUUCUUCUUUAUCAGUCCUACAUUCUUCUGUCGUUCCUCCCCAUGGCAAUAAUUUCCGCCAGCUUUAUCAUUCAGUACAGCCUGGCCGUUAAAACUCUGAAGGGAAUGAUCAGAUCCGUCAAUGAAUCCAUCUCCGAAAUGAACAACUGUUUGAUUGUAUUUCGGGAGGAGUCAUUUGUACCAGAAAAUACUGCAAACCCCCGGUCAAUCACCCGGAAUUUGACAGCUGUACGACGAGCGCGCGCUGUCAUUUGCAAAAUUGCCGAUCAAAUUAUUGAUAUUUACGGAAUACCGAGUUUGCUGAUUAUUUUCUACGCCUGUUGUUGCUGCGUUAGUGCGAUGUACUUUCUCAUAACUAAUUUCAUGAUUCAAGAGAGAUUGUUUCUUAACGCUGCGUCAUUGAAUGGUAUUAUGUGGGUUUUGCUGAUCAUCUUUCCAAUUUCACUUCUCAGCGAGAUGGUUAAAAGAUUCAACGCAGAGAUGUGGAGAACAGCUGAGCUCGUUUAUGAUUUUCGAGAGACUUGUGGCCUGAAUAAAGAUAUUAUUUACGAGCUGCAUGAUUUUGCUGUUGAAUUGCUACACAGAAAAGUCGAAUUCACUGCAUCCGGAUUUUUUUCUCUGGAUUGCACUCUUCUUCAUGCUAUAUUUGGAAUGGUCGUGACCUAUCUGAUAAUACUACUACAGUACAAACCUCUGGAUGUUUCAUCACAUUAAAACGAAUUUCCAACUCAUCACUCUACCCACUUCCAUGACACGAUUUUUUCAACGAUUGAACUUUCCCCG